GAAAUCGGAGAGGGAAACUGGUCAUUUUAGGAGGCGAAAUUGGGGGAAAAUCCUCCUUGAUUCACUUUUGAGUCGGGAUUAAAUGGAGGGGAGACGGUCCUUUUGCAUCAUUUAGGGAUCAUAAUCGAGAGGGAACCUCCGUUCCCCCUGAUUCGAGGCUUUGAAGUGGCGACAAGAGGGAGUUUACCCUUGAUUUAAUUCAAUAAGAAAUUGGAAAAGAAUGGUAAAGAAGAGCUGGCGCUGCCAGGCUUGGACUCAAUUUAUCGCCGACAGGCACCCAGCGCCGAGGACACGAGAGACACAGAGCGCUUUUGCUGGCCCCGGGCACCUGGCGAGGCCCAGCCCAGCCCGGCCAGAGAAUCCCUGCGAGAAUUCACUGUUGAGAGCCCCAGAUGCGGCUUCCCCGGGGCUGCGCUUCUUCUCCGGCUUUCUAGGGCAUGGGGACUUCUUUCCUGUACGGCUUUUGUCGGGACAGGAAAGUCACUGUCCCCGCGGCGCGCCACACGCUUUGCCGCCCCGCUCGCUCCAUUCUCCCGCUCCUGGUGGCGGCUCGGUCUCGCUGCCGUACGGUGCUGAGGCGAAACCCCGCCCGCAGCCCGCCUCUGCCUCUCGCCGUGGCACCAGCGGCAGUGCCCGCGGAGCCGCACGGGUGGGGUGAACGGGGGGGACCGGACGGGCGGGCGUGUCAUUCCGUUUGGGUCAUUGCGGAGCGGCGGCGGCACCCGGAGCCCGGCGAGGCGGCGGUGGAGUUGGGAGGCGGCUCCAGGCCAGGGUGCCAUCAGCGCCGGUGUAAAGCUGUUCCCGAGGCCGAGCUCCCAAAGGCUUUGCCAACACUCCUGAUGUCUCGGGAGCAGCAAGGUGCUGUUUGUUCCAGGCAGAGAGAUGCCGCCUGUGAGCUGGAGGAGAGUGAAUCCUGUCCCAUUCUUGGAGCUGUGAAUGAGCCCCAGCAUCCCCAGCAGGGACCAGCAGCCGGGCUUCCACACUUGCCUGGGGUGCAAGAAGCCUCUAGGCAUCAGCAGGGGGAUGCCACUUGUGAGUGUGCAGUGAGUGCAGCUGUGGAGAAUGGAUCCUGCACCAGGGAUGGGAGUGUGAGGGAGCCCGUGAGUCCCCAGGGCACAUCAGCAGCCAACAAUAAACACAAAAGGAACCUCAGAAGAUUGCUGGGUGAACGGUUCAGGUCCCAUCCCGUGGGCACAGCGGCACUGCUGAUUCUGCUGCUCCUGGUGCUGGUGCUGGCUUUGGGGGUGGCCUUGGCUGUGCAGUCAGCCCCACAGGUUCCAGUUCCACCUGCGACUCCACAGUGUGUUCUGGGCUGUCCCUCUGGCUGGGUCGGGCACAACGGGGUCUGCUACUACUUCUCAAGGGAUUACGGCACCUGGGAGCAGGCUCAGGAACGGUGCUCCCAGCUCAAUGCCUCCCUGGCCAUUGCCGAGGAUGAGGAGGCCAUGGAUUUGCUCUUCCGCCUCCGCGGGAACGGCGAUUUCUGGCUCGGGCUGCGCAGACGGGGCGAGCGCCUGCAGUGGGAGGACGGCAGCAGCUACAGCUCCCGUUGUGUUCUGCCGGUGAUGGAUGAGACAUCUCUGGCUGCCUUUAUUGAGAGCCCUGAGCCUUUCCUGCUGUGCUCUGUUGUCUGCCCAGGGGCAGCAGGAGAGGCACAGAGCGCUUUUGCUGGCCCUGGGCACCUGGCCCAGCCCAGCCCAAGAAUCCCUGCCAUCAUUCCCUGCACCAUCACCCGGCCCCAUGGCAGCUCCAGGAGUUCAGAGUGGGCAAAAUGGGAGCAAGGGAGAGGAGGCAGCUGGUGCCAGUGGGUGAAAUGUCUUUGCUGGAGCUGGCAGGGAGAGGAGGAGGGAGAAAGCGGUGCAAAGUGUUUUGGUUUAGGGCAAUUUUGGGAGAAAAACCUCUUAUGGUAGUUCUUCUAGAAGGAAAAUUCAAGGUGCCCCACUUCCAAGGGGUUUGGGACAAAGCUUUCCUUGGAUAAAAGUAGAAAAAAAUUGCUCAUUUAUUAGGCAAAACAUUCACCAGCACAAAAACUGAUCAAUAUCAAACAAUAGGACCUCUCACUGUUGGAAGAGAUGAUAAACUCUGGAAGUCAUCUCUGUGGGCUACUGUUCACUCAGUCCCUUAUCAGUCCCUUAUCAGUCCCUUAUCAGUGCCUUAUCAGUCCUUAUCAGUCCCUUAUCAGUCCCUCUGGUGCUGGAAAUGCCUCACCCCAGGCCUGGCCCCAUGGGCCAUACCCACUGCGUGUGAUCUGUGGGUGCUUUUCUGGUGUUCAGUCCAGAGUAGGUUAAACAUUAACAAGAAAGGAAAACCCACAGUACAGAGAACUUUUUGCACCUCAGAGAGCUAAAAAUUAACUAAAAUCAAAGGAACAAACUAAAAAUUAACUAAAACCAAAGGUGAGCUCUGCCUCGCCCUCUGUUCUGCAGACAGCUCAGCCCAGGAGCAGCAGUGUGCAGAGUGAGUGCAGUCUGUGAUAACAGCCUGGGCCUUCUGCUCUGCCCCUUGGCUCUCAGAACCUGCCUAAAGGUGCAGGACUCAUUUCUGGGCUAAACAGACAGACGGGGACAUGAGCGUCAUAAAGUCACCCCAGGACACUGCUGGACCUACUAGAAAUAAAACUAUUAAUCUUAACAAAUUCCCACAGAAACGACGAAAAAUAUGAACUCAUUUAUAAAAAUAAAACCUAGCAAAACAUUUCCUCAAAAUACAAAAAUAGCCCAUAUAACUAAAAAUAGCCACUAUAACAACAACAUCAAACAACUCACUAUAACAAUACCUAAUAUUGAAAAAACCAUUAAAGUCUAGCCAUAGUUAUUUAAAAAACCUGUAAUAACAAUUUUAAACCUUAAAACCCUACAAAACAAGUUACAUCAAAUUUGUUUUUACCUCAACACUUCAACUAUAACAUUAAAACAGUUAAACCAGAGUAUUAAUUAAAUGAAAAAAAUCAAAACUACCUUCAUUAUUAAUAAUAAUAUAAUAACAAAUAUUAGUACUUUUAAACACACAAUCUUACAAAAUAGAACCACCAUCAAUUUUCUCUUACUAGCACAUAAACAUAAUUAUGAAAAAUUUAAAAUAUUAUAUGACAUGAACUUAUCUAACCACUCAGUCCAUCCACAAAUAUCUUCAAAGAUGAAAAAUUUAACAAAUUAAAUUAAAACAAACAAUUAGUCUUAACUACACAAUUUAUUUUAAAAAAAACUUUAUUUUGUAACUUUUUUUUAGUUAAGGUAUAAAUUUCCAAAUAUUAAUUAUUAUAAUAAUGCUAUAAAUAAUAGUACCUUAUGCACUUCACUAUAUACAACAAAUAAAAAAGACCAGAAAAAAAGUUUUUACAGUCCAAAAAAGAUUUGUAAAAAUUCUCAAAAGCUGACGAAGGUCCCACAGCCUUGUACCUCUGUUUGCAGACACUGAGAUAAGGUGUGCUGGCUUAGGAAGGUCACAGAACAGAGGUGACAUUGUUGAGAGAGAGAUUGUUUCAAGAGGUUCAAAAUAUGGCCUUGCAAAAAGAGCAGGUACUUUAGAGAAUUAGAACCAUGAAAGAUGCACUGAAACAGGGCCAUGUGAGGGAAAAAUGCAGGUGAUGGGGUUAGAAGUAAUAGGAGUUGUGAAAGAAAACAUUCACUUGUGUUAAAAUUUUAGAUGUUUAGUAGUAAUGAAAAUCAUAAUACAAAUGAGGACAAUAGGAAUUUGGACAAUCAAAGGUAGGACAAUAAAAGACAACAAAAAAGCAAAGAAUUAGGGAUGUCUGGGUGCUUUUGCAUUCUGCCACAAAAGCACACCUUGCUAACAAAGGAUUAACCCUUAAAAGCCUAUUGCAUAUUCAUAAAUCUCAUACAUGAAUCCAACAUUCCAUUCAAACUAAGGCGGUUUCUGCUUAAUUUCAACUCCCCCUCUGUCAUGGUCUGAGCCUGGCGAAAUGCCAGUGCUUCCAUGAGAAAACCUCUUUUCCUGGUAUCUGCUGUGAGAUGUGAUCAGAGACAGAGAAGAGCAGGCUCUAACUUAUGAUUGAAAGGAAAAAACUUUAUUAACAUAAAACUACAGGGAAAAAACACACAGAACACGGGAUGAAAACCUUCCAAAUUUCCUCCUCCUCCCCCCACCAAAUUUCUUAAUUCCGUUACCACCCUUUGGAUAAUCAAUUCUCAGUUCUUUGAGAAGAGAGGAGUCUCUCUUGCACCACAGACUUCACCCAGGAAACAGUCGAAACUUCUCAUGUUUCUGUGUCACGUGUGGCACCGCCCGGAGAACAUUUUUGCCAUCGUGACCUCUUCCUUCCAUGUCCAGUGCUCUCACCACUGCACAUGGACCAGAGCUGCUUCUAGGGUUUUUUCCCUUUAAGGAUGCUUUGUCCAGUUCCAAAAAAGAGCACAGUCCCUCUCCUUUUGGGACACCUGUCCCCCCCAUGUUUCACCCCCUGGGGCUGAGGGGUCUCUCGAACAGAGAUCAUCUUCCUCUUCUUCUUCAUCGAAGACGGAGGGCACCACCACAACCCUCCUCCACCCUUCGUCUCUGUUCACACACCUUCACAUCACCGCACUCUCUUGGCUCUGAGCCAUUGCCUCCCCCUAGGAUGCAGUCUCUGUGUCACAGGAACUCAAGGGUUCUGUCCAUAGCUAUCCAAGAAAAGUCCAGCCAAAAGCCACUCCAUCAUCUCCUCCCACCUAGAAUUCUUCUCAACUUCUCUCACUCUCACCAACUCCAGGAGGAAUCAGCAUUUGCAAGGUUUCCAUCAUCCCAAGAAGGGUUAAAAGUCCCAGGCUCUGCCGGUUUGGUUCAUGAACUCCCAUGGCUGGCUGCCCUGCUGGGCACCCCCUCCCUUCUCCUUCACUCCAGCCGCGCUAUCACAAGCACAGUCUGCUCUCUCUCUCUCCCUCCGGGGGGGGAAUGGGGGAUGGCUGCCCGAAGCCCUCGCAGUGCAAUGCUCCUCCACCCUUCGGCCCAGGCCUGGCCUACCUCCCUCCGGCCGCAUGGCUCCCCUCCCCCCUGCCCAGCUAGGAGCUGGACAGGGGAGAGGUCUCCUCUGGUCCAGGGCCGGAACUCAAAAGGAACUUCAAGUGGGAGUUCACAGCUUUUAACCCCUGUGUUCUCAGAGGCGUAUCCAUGCCCUCAGUGGACAAACCAGGUGCCAAUAUUAAAAUCUGGACACCGAUUGGCGUGACCACACCAUCCCAAAAAAAACCAUUUCCUCUCAAACCACGACACCCUCUCAUCUUGUACAUCAAUCAUUUUGGUCCCUCAAAGUCUGAGCUUUCCCAUCAAGGAGACAAGAGUUCUUCUCUUGGGAUCUUGGUGUGUUCUUGCUGUUAUCUCUACACGAAGAAUUUCUUGAUUAUCUUAUCCAUUCCUCGAGCUAGUUACAAAAAGUAUCUUACAUCACAUCGUUUCUAUUUUAAUAUUAUGCUAUGGCCUAAAAACUAUAUUUGCCACACUAUUUAAAAGAGAUUAAAACAGCCCUGCUUAAAAGAGACUAAUACAGCAUCACUUUCCAAUAUAACACAUAGAGUGUGAAAAAUGUGUAGUUUAUGAUUGGCUUUUCACAAAUAUUCAAAUGAAUACUAUAUGUGUUGUGUAAGAAAGGUAUGCUGUAUAAAUUCUCUUAAGUAGUGUGUUAAAUAUAGUUUUAGGUUAUAACAUAAUGUUAAAAUAGAAACUAUGCUAUGUAGGAUACAUUUUUUCUAAAGAAUGGACUCGCAGCGAGAUAGCAGCCACAGGAUACCCAAAUCUUUCAGAGAAAGAGAAUUUAUUGCUCCAUUAUCGAGUUCUUCCCACCUCACUCAGCCCUGAAGACUCAGUCAGGAUUCAGAGGAAGAAGCUGACACUGCCCAGACAGAAUCCUGGGUUUGAAUGGAAUUGAUGCACCAUGGAUGAGGUGUAUGAAUAUGCAACAGGCUGUUGCUUUUAAGGGUUAACCCUCUGUUAACGUGGGGCCUUUUUCGGGCUUAUUUUGCCCAGAAAAGUUACCCAGACUGUCUGUAACUCUUUGUUUCUGUUGUCUCAUAUUGUCCUAAUCCAAAUUGUCCAAAUUAUUAUUACUCUAAUUAUAUUGCUAUUUUUAUAACCAUUUUAUUAUCAUUAAACUUUUUUAAAUUUUAAAAACAAGUGGUUGGCAUUUUUCACAUAUGGAAUUCAUUUUAAUAUUUGCCGAGAGCCAAUCAUAUAAUGGGCAUUUUUCACAGUAGUAUUGUGUGGCAAAAGUUUUCAGCUAAGAGGCUGGAAAACAUUUAUAAGAUAUUGUAACCAGGAAAGAAGUUAGCUUUUACUGGAAUGUGAAAAAUGUGUAUUUUAUGAUUGGCUUUUUGCAAAUAUUAAAAUGAAUAUUACAUGUGUUGUAAUUAUACAUGUGCUUUAUUAAUUCUCUAAAGUAGUGUGUUAAAUAGUUUUAGGUUAUAAAAAUUGUAAAAAUAGAAACUAUGCUAUGUAGGAUACUUUUUUAAAAGAAAGGACCUGCAGCGAGAUAGCAGCCACAGGACACCUAAAUCUUUCAGAGAAAGAGAAUUUAUUGGUCUCUUAUCGGAAGAAAGGAAAUUCUUCCCACCUCGAAGGCGCUGUUAAGAUUAGGAAGAAGAAGCUGACUAUGAGCAGGCCGAAUCCUGUGUUUGAAUGGAAUUUAUGCAUCAUGGAUGAGGUGUAUGAAUAUGCAACGGGCUGUUGUUUUUAAGGGUUAAUCCUUUGUUAACGGGUGUCCUUUUUUGGGCUUGUGCUGCCCAGAAAAAGGUACCUGGACAUCUGUAACUCCUUGUUUUUAUUGUCUUAUAUUGUCUUAAUUCAAAUUAUUAUCACUCUAAUUGUAUUACUAUUUUUAUAACUAUUUUAUUACUUUUAAAACUUAAUUUUAAAAUUUUAAAGUUAUUUGCAUUUUUCACACUUAUCAUUCCCUUGCUCUGUUUGAUUUGAUAAUAAAUUUGAUUUGUUUGAUAAUAAAUUCAAUUAAAAUUAA